GGCUGAGUGAAUGGGAUCGUAUGCUAGGGGUAGCUCAGUGCGCUAGAUCGAGACAAACUACUUUGGUUUUAACCAGAAACUAGGACUCAUGGUGCAAAAAGCAGUGUGACAUUUAUGUGCAUCAUUUUUGACAACUGUUAGGAAAAAAUAUACUUUGGUGUUUGUUUUUGCUGCUGUUACUGCGUAAACAUUUUGUGUAAAUGAACGAUUUCAUUGCUAGAGUCUCUGUACAAGGAUUUGAAAGAAAGUAUUAAACAUGGGAAAGAAAUCCGAUAGUGAAAUAAGACUUUUUUUGUUUGAAAACCUCACUUUACUUUUGAUUCUGAUUGCGUUGUCGCUUUUAUGUUUGCUGACAACCAUUGCGACACCGGGAUGGAUGAAGUUCCACUUAGAGUUCUACGAUGACGUCACGGAGUCGUCUGCGACAAACGGUUCCACUAUAUCGGACCUGUCGGCGGAAGUCUCGGCUGGACUUUGGUUUUUCUCCUUCUGUUUUGAAGGACAGUACCAAAACGGAACAGAAUUAGCCUGUUUUACAGAAACAUUUGUUGAUUAUGAUAACAAGCAUCUAUCAAAGUUUCACGUCAAACAUCUUGAAUUACUCAAAGAAUUUUGCUUCAAUGCAUUAAGUGGCCUUUUGGAGUACCAGAUCGAGGCAUCCAUCAGUAUAGCUUGUCUUAUGAUAGGAUUGGUAUCAUUUCUUCUGUACUACAGACCAAAAGUUAUAAGACGGGGAUUUGGCAUUGUAGCAUGCGCUUGUUUUGCAGUAUCGGCCAUCAUGCUUUGGGUAGUUGUUGGAAAGAUAACUACCAUCACUCUCCAAAUGAAGACGACUUUCCAGUUCCCCGUGGCGGCGAGUCACGCGGCUAUUACCGUCCUUAUCCCCUGGUGUUUAAUUGUGGCGGGAACCGCCGCCGUGAUGACGUCAUUUUCUACCAUAACGUUUCUUGUCUAUCUAGCCCAGGACAAAACCCCGAAUAAUAAAUAUCACAAGGCAGACAUCCAAGAGCCUAUUUUACAGGACGACCAUCUGCCUUGUUGUUCUCAUAACAAUAACCAUUCAAUACCCAUGACACGUUUUAAGUAAACUGAAGAUCGCUUAAGGCUGCAGCGUUGAUAAAGAAUCGUUGUUUACUUAAAGAAGUUCUUUUCAACGACUUCUUUAAUUAAGCUAACUCAAUAUUCACUUUAAAGAAAGAAUUCUUUUAUAGUGAAAGAAUUGGUACUCCAAUUGAUUUAAAAGUGACCUUGAAAAACGUCUGCAUUUUGUCCUUGACGGAAAACAUUUUUCAUUCAGAUAAAAGAGCUGUGUUCUGAAGUGUUACUAUCGGCUUAAUCUGUAACAAUCUUCCAAAAGACGAUAUCAAAUUAAACGUAUCGCUAAUUAUAAAGAUAGGCAUUGUGUUCAUGUAAAUAGUGACAAGAAGUGAAUUCAUGUAAACAUUUUAUUAUUGUUCCAUAUUGCACUGUACAAUAAAUCAUACUUCAUCUAACAUAAAUACAACCCAUGAUUAAUAAAACAAAAUUGAAA